ACGUUUGGGACUAGUUAAAUAAUAAUUACAAAGCCCGCAGCGGUUACGGUACUUGCAUGAACUUCACGAAAAUCUACUGUUAGUUACCACUCCGCUGUAUAAUUUUCUGUUCUUGACAACCAGCCACUAAACUAGAAGUCUAUGGUUUUCUAAGUUCUAAAGGAAACAAUGGCAGUUCAAGCUUCAUGCAUGGAGCUGGCUUUAGAGGGAGAAAGACUCUGUAAGGCUGGCGAUUGUCGCGCCGGGGUAAGCUUCUUCGAAGCAGCCGUUCAAGUUGGAACUGAAGAUUUGAAAACGUUAAGUGCUGUGUAUAGUCAAUUAGGAAACGCUUAUUUCUACCUCCAAGAAUACGAAAAAGCAUUGGAAUUCCAUCGUCAUGAUCUUACAUUAGCUAGGACGCUCGGAGACAAAGUUGGGGAGGCCAAAGCGAGCGGAAAUCUUGGAAACACGUUGAAGGUUUUGGGCAAAUUUGACGAAGCUAUAGUCUGCUGUACUCGACAUCUUGAUAUCUCGCGGGAGCUUGGCGAUAAGGUGAGAUUAAAGAAUUUAUUGGCUGAAGGUUAUAACUCUCGUAACAAGCGGCAAUAAGACGCGGAAAGUAAUUUUAAUCGUGCAAUUGAGUUCAAAGGUGAAGAAAUCGAAUGGUCACGGACUUCAUGGAGUCAUCAUCUGCGCACAAUGGAAUUGAUUGAAAUUGAGCCAAUUUUGUAGUCGUCUAUUUUUUGCACUUCUUUGUUAUCUGAAGUUUAUAUUGCAUAGUACUGGUUCCUUGGACAGGUGUUUUCGGCGGCAUGCGAUCGAUAUAUUUGUUUCUGUUGCCACAAUUUAUCGAGCUUAGUAAGUGAUUAAAACGAUAAAGAGUGUAGUAUUGUUGCUAUAGUCUCGCUGAAGAAUUCGAUUUAGAUAUCACAUCAAAGAUCGAAUGGUAAUUUCGAAUUCACUCUUUUUCGCUCUACUUUCUUUUAACUUACAUGUAUUUAUGGGAGAAAUUCAAACCUAGUCCUUGCAGUUCGGUGUUCAAAUGUUCAUACAGUACAUGUGGCAAGAGCUGACGGCAAAAUAGCGAUCAUUGAUCGCCAUUUGGGGAGCGCUCUUCGGAGCAACCUGUGCUUCUUGUUCGUUGCAAGCUCAAACUGAAACGUAUUGAAAUAUUAAAAGCUAAUCAUUUGAAUUUUCAGUAAGAUAUAAUCAAAUUGAGCAACAUUUUUCCUGGAUAAAGAAAUGCGUCGCUUACCCACUUUUAAAUUUUUUGUAUCCAGGGUUUUUACUGAAUGUACGUAAAAACUGAAGGUGUACAUUUCAUUAUUUAUUAGUCUUUUCAUGGAAAUCAAAGUUUGGUUAAUUGUUUUUAUGUCUCGAUUGAUUUGACCCGGGUCCUUCAAUUAACGAAUUUUUCGGUUUCAUAUUUGACAAUUUGGGGAAAGUUUAGUCAUACUUUAUUCAAACGUGAUGUUUCAUAACUAUUAUCAGUCAGUAAGUUAGUAACCAAACUAUGUAAGUUGAUUAUGGCAGUAAUAUGUAAAUUACUUUACCCAAUGCGUAGCUCGGAGGAGGAAGAAACAGACGAUGUUUCCUAUUUGGUUUUGUUUUGAAUUGUUUUUGGUUUUUGUUUCUUUUUUCUGUUUUGUUUUGUUUCUGUAAGGCUUCAGUUCCUGCUAAUUAAGUGAACUUUCAAAAUAAUAUUAUUCAUUCCCAUAAAACAUUCUCAAAUUUUUAUGGUUGUUUCCAAUGAGGGUAUUAUUAAACAGUGAACCAAACAGCUGUUCUGCAGUGAAGUUAUAUUUAUAUGUUUUAACAUGCCAUCUAUUGCUCAAUGUUUCUUCACAAAUCAGCUGCACUACUGUUUAUGUUUUUUAUUUGUUUACAAAUACCUUUCGGGCUUGGGAUGGAUUAGAUAAAAAGUCAUACUUUGUUGACAUAGACUUUACAUGUUUGUUCUACCUUGGUUCUAAGCGAAAUAUUUACUUGGGCUAGUAGGCAACAAGUUAGGAACUCAGCCCUGUUUCCAGUUUAUGUACAUGUAAAACUUGGUUAUUGUUUAGUUAAUGCCACUGAGGAAAAAGCUAGGAUAAUACACAUGGUUACCACUGAUGGGUCUUUCAUGUCUUAAUGAGUUUUCAACAUCUAUUGCUCCAUUUCUAUGAUAUAUUAAAAUGAAGCUACAGUAGCUAAUGGGAAUUUUUUGCAAAUUAGAGUGGUGCAUGCAGUUUGUUUCCUUAGAAAUAUAAAGGAACUUGGGAGGAUAUUCUAGCAGUUUAUCAAAAGUUAGGUUGGAAUAGACUAGUAAGCUUUUUCACAACUGUAAUAACUGUAUGCCCUGUUGAAAAAAGAGAACAAAGGAAAAAUAUCUUGACAUUAGGGAUGCAUAAUACAGGGCUCAAAAAAAGCCCUGCCUUUUAGUCUGGCACAAGUAGAUUUUCUUGCUGCGCAAGUAACUUUUAAAGUUCAUUUGCCCAAGUGGCAAGGCAAAAACAAAAUCAUUAAAGGUGAUGUUACACGGAAUGAUUCGCAACGACGAUUUUAAGUGCAAAACAGCGUUGCAAUAUUGGAACAAUGUUGCAACCAUUCGAAACAAUGUCGCAACAAUGAUGCAACACUGUGUUGCGCUAAAAAUCAUCGUUGCGCGAAUUGUCUUGUGGUAACAUCACCUUAACUAAGAUAAACGAGAAGUGGCCCUGUGUAAGCAAUAUCUCAGAGCUUCUUGUGGGAAUUCAAGUUGUUUUCAAGCCUUGAUGAUGUAGGGUGGCAAAGGGGUGGGUACCUAUCACACAUCACGCUGACUUUUUUAAGCUAGCACACUUCACAGAAAAAUAAAAUGAAACAUAGUAUCCUAUUAUUAUUUGAUCUGAGGAAAUCAGAGGUCAAGGAAUGUUAAAAAACGGGCAAAACUACCUAUUUUUAAUAUCUGUGCUUCAAUUUUAAUGAUUUUAAACUCAUCAACAAUAGAUGAGCUUGGGGAAGGUGCCUGGAAAGAUGGUGGGGCCUGGAGCACCGGAGCCGAGCGCGUAGGGUAACCAUGACAACCCUGUGAGCGGCAACCACCAGGCACCGUCACACUGACAAAAGACAGUGGAACCAUGAUACUUACCACAUACUUACCGGAAAAGGGGGAGGGAAGGGCGGGGAGUAAAGUCGCCAAGCACCGUCGAAAAGGCAAAAGUGCACGUGCAAAUGAGUUGACCUCAAAACCCGAGCUGUAAAACCACGCAACCCCCUGCAGAUCCCCCACCACUGCGUAUGACCGAGACAAGGGAAACCCCAGACCAGCAUUGUUUCGCGUUUAACUUAGCUUAAAUUACAUUUAACCACAUUUAACCAUCACAGAAAUUUCAAAGGAAAAUCACAUGUCAGCCUUUGUGAAAGUAGUAAAUCACACAUCACACUGUUAUGCCCAAUCCUGCCUCACGCGGCUCAUUUGGGCCCGAUCAGACGUCAAGCUGAUAAUUUGGGUCUCAUCACAUGUCACGGAAAACCCCUUUGCCACCCUGAUGAUAGAUCACAGGUAACAAGCAUUCACAUCACUCUUGUAGUAUUCUGAUUCAGCAUGUUGUAUGAACUCUUACUGAGGAAAACUGUCAACCAGUGAGCAUUCAAUAAAACUAUUAUUAUUAUUAUUAUUAUUAUUAUUAUUAUUAUUAUUAUAUUGUUGUUGUUGGAAAAGGUUAUCAAAUAUGGACAAUGUGUAAGUUAGACAUGAAAUUUGAUCCAGUCAAACCCGUUCCAACGGUCACCCUUGGGAAAUGGCAAGGUGACCGUUAUAACAGGGUGACCACUAUAUACAGGUCAACUUUGCAGAAAAUAUUAGGCAACUGAAAAGUUAUCAGGUGACGGUAAUACAUAAGGUGACCAUUACUAUAUACAGAGCCAUUCUCUGAGGUUUGACUGUAUCAGAAUCAGGUAAAAAAAAUUUAACCUGGGUUGAUUCUAAAUUUCCUUUGUUUUUCAGGGCUUGGAGACAUUGGAAAUUGAGAAUCAACCUAGGUUAAAUCAAAGUUAAGCUAAAAUCAAAUUUGACCUGUAACAUGUACAUGCCAUGUCAAGUGGAUCUUUCACAAACUUGCAAAAGAAAGUUACAGUGAUUGUUAUUAAUAUGGCAUAUUGUAAAACGUUUUUAUCUCCUAGAUUGGUGAAGCAAGAGCUUUAUAUAACUUAGGGAAUGUAUACCAUGCUAAAGGAAAACACUUUGGAAGAAACUUUCACCAGGACCCUGGAGAGUUUCCUGAUGAAGUUCGAUUGGCACUGGAAAGAGCAAUUGAAUUUUAUGAGUAAGACAAUGUUUUCUCCUUUUAAGCAAUGAUUUAUAGGGAAACCAGCCUCAAGGUACACUGUGACUGCAUGCUGUGAUCGAGGCAAUUGCUAAAUGUUAUUUUCAGUUGAUAUGAUGGUUGUUAUUGUGAAAGGUUUGAAGCCAGGAGUCAUUAUUUUCUUAAAUAGGUGGAGCAUGAUGGCGGUGUUAUUACCUAUGAAUACUCCACAUGACAUUUGAAGUCUUCAUAGACAGUAACAUCAAGGAUUAAUUGACAGAUGACCAAUAACAUCGCGACUUUAUUGACCAAUCAGAUCAAUAAGCAGAAUUAAAUGGGGCUGUCACUAAGGGCCCAGGGCAGGGGAUUUUGCCCGGCUUUCAUAAGAAACAAAAGGGAAAUGAGAUCAAAAGGACUCCCUGGCUCUCCAGUUCCCCACCUACUAACUGCAUAAACCGGGCAACUUGAAAUCUUAGCGACAGCCCUGAUUUAACACAAUCAACUCACCUUGACGAUGAAGAUGACUAUCCCACAGGUUUCCAAGUGUCAGUCACUGUUAACAACAAUCCUUUCCAGGACUACUCUCACCUGGACGAUUAUACUCCACCUACCGUGCGUACUUAUGGUCUUUAUUGCUACUGUCCCUGAACAGUUCCUUUCAAUGAUCAUACACGUAUAUGCCAACUCUCCUGGAUUAUCCGGGAGUGUCCCGGAUACGGCACUAAUCUCCCGCUCUUCCACACGGGUCACCAAAUCUCCCCAAUAAAAUGGACUUUUGAGCUUUUCUGUGCUUCAGUUUGAAAUUUAGCUCAUUUUUUUUCCUCAAAGUUCGAACUUUUUUUGUUCAUAAUAUGGUUUUUGGAACAUUCUUGCACACAUUUAGUCAUGGACAUGGGUCAAUUUGUGGGUGGAGAGUGGUGGGGCUGUUGACAGGGGGAGGUGGGUAGUGCAACGUAGAGAGACUCCAGAUUGAAGAUCUCUUGAGGUUGACAUCUCUGCAUGCACUGUAAUGGAAUGAGCCUUGACAUGUUUGUUUGAUUUAUUUUCAGGGCUAAUCUGGCCAUUGUAAAAGAACUUGGGGAUAGAGGGGCUCAAGGAAGAGCCUGUGGUAAUCUGGGCAACACUCACUAUCUCCUUGGAAACUUUGAACUAGCUAUCAUGUUCCACGAGGAGGUGUGGAUUUAAAUAAAUUAUUAGAAGUACAGUCGACUCUCGGUAACUCAAACCCUCUAUAACUCGAACCUCCUACUAACUCGAAGCAAUUUGCGUUUCCCAUCAGAUCGUUUUCUAUAUAAUUUUACCCUUCAUAACUCAAACUCCCGAUAACUCCAACUGUUUGCAAUUGGUUUCCCUAAUAUUUAUCUGAUAGAUAGUGAUUUAUCCGGUGGAUAGCACUAUCCAACAUUUGGACAUCUGGGGCCAGGUUUCAUAGCCACACAAUCAAUUCUUACAAGCAAUGAGAAAAUGAACAUUUGCACAUAAAAGAAUUCUGCAUAAACCUACAAAGAAUGUGGAAAAAAAUUAACUGAAAAACAGCAUUUGCGUAACCAGAAGCGCUUCUGGUGUAUCUAAAACAUAACAUAUCUUGGGGGUCCCUUGAAAGCACAUCAUGAUUAAGCUAAAUGUUUAAUUCGGAUUUUAUGAUAUAUUUUUUGUUUAUGACAUUAUUAAAACUAGCUGCUUCUUUUUUGGGGAAAAAGUAGGCGACUGCUCUGAGCAGAGUAGCCGAUACGUUUCGUCAGUCAUCGGUGCUUAGGGGAGAGGGCUGUGACAGGCUUCUUGGGAGGAAGGACUGGGGUUUUACAAUGGAAACUCUUGUAAGUGGACAGCUUUACUUACAGCCACCUUCACCUUGUUUCAACUCCCAUACAAACAAUGUAUGUUCACAUACCUGUAAGUGGACAUUCCCGUAACUGGUCGCAGACACUUUCCGGGUUUACAAAUUAGAUUUAAGCUCAAAAUGAAAUGAAAUCUCAUUCGCCCCUGAUAAUGGAUUUGAUAGAUCAACUUUAAAUCACUGUUCAUCACAAUGAAUUUAUUUAUUUUAUAUCAGUUUCAGUGUUUGUUUGUUUGUUUGUGUUUUUUCACGUAAACAUCCAGUUGCUCUUCAAAUCACCACUUGAAUUUUAUACUUGUAACUGGAUAACAACACCAUUAGAACGACAGUAUACUAUAACCAAACACUAACAAACAGUUCUUUUUUACAUUCCCAAUGUUUAUUUGUAGCUGUGCAAGCUCCGGUAAGCAGCCGUCUAACCCUUACACCUCAAGUGGCUGAUACGAGAACAAUUCACGUAGGCAGCCAGUAUCUGGAGGGUGUCUGUUUAUGAGAGUUUCCAUUGUAUUAUCAGUAGAUGCCAUCAAGUUGUUUAAUAAUUGGUGCGAACACUUGGCUAUUUGCUUUAAUUUAUGUCUCUAUAAGCAUGCAGUAAUAAAACAUUAACUUUAUUCUAACUAUUGCAAUUUUUCUUCUGGCAUUAUAGAGGCUGGCUAUUGCGGAGGAAUUCAAUGACAAACCAGCAGAGAGAAGAGCUUGCAGCAAUCUAGGAAAUGCUCAUGUCUUUCUUGGCGAGUUUGAGACUGCAGCAGAGUAUUACAAGUGUGUACAGACUGAAAUUUUAUGCAAUAAAGCAAGCCUGUGCUCUAGCAGACUGUAUGUGUCGGCCGCUAGCAGCUAACUCUUGCUCCCAGGCAACUAAAAAAUCAUAGGGCACUUUCCAAAAGUCAGAACUAGCUGGCCGGACCAUGGCCGGACCGGUCAUUUUGGAUAUGAAUUAGGCUUUUUCUAAGAGUUUUUGAUAAAAAACAAUUUCCUUCAUGCAUGCUAUUUAGGAUUUGACUGAUCUGGCUUGACAGCUUUGAUUGAAAGUGAAAUUCUUAUUACAACGGGAAUUGCUUGGCCUGUUAGUUCUGUCAAAUGGAAAGCACCCUUAGUUUUUUCAUAGAAAUCAAACAGCAGGCACCCUGGCUUCACGGGCUCAGAGCACUGGGCUUUCUUUACUUAUUCUUAGAGUACAGCCUUAAACCAUUUUAUCUCCCUUGUAAGUCAUUCCUAAAACUGUAUCAAACCACUCCCUGGUUGUUCAAACGUUGGAUAGCACUAUCUGACAGAAAAAUCACUAUCCUGCAGGCAAGUAUUAGGGAAUCAAACCAAUUGCACCACCCAGUGGCUAUAGACUUAUCCAGUGGGUAGCAAUAUCCACCGGAUAAAUGAUGCUAUCCAGCAGAUAAGUGUCGGGGAAACCAAUUGCGCUAUCCAGUGGAUAUAGACUUAUCCUGUGGAUAGCAGUAUCCAUUGGAUAAAUGACGCUAACCAGCGGAUAAGUGUCAGGGAAACCAAUUUACAUAUAUUUCAACAAGUCAUGAACCUUUGAUAUCAUGAAAGCCUUUUCUGAGAGCACCUGCACAGUUUCCUAAACUGAGUUUACUGUUAAAUCAAAGCAAUCUUGGAAACCGUCAACAGUCCUUUCUUACAGGUAGUCAUUAGUGAGCAGACAGAAAUGAGCUUGAGGCUUGGGUGAACAAUUUCAUACAAGUUACAGUUACACUUUACUUGGUCAACCUAAGUCCCCAGUUGGUGCCUUUAUUUAAGAGAGAGAGUGGGAGGUGAUAAACAUCGGGGUUAAUCAGCCAGACAUAUAUAGCCAAGGGAUCUGUUUCCAACCCCGUCACUAAUGUGACAACCCUCUCCUAUCAUGUCUGUAUCCUAAGCAUGUGACAGUGAGAGGUUUGAUUGGCCCCGCCGUCAUUCAGAAUUAGAUGCUAGUUUGAGUUGAAAGCUUAGUUUUCUUCUUCUUUAUUAGUUUGGAGUUUUAAAAUUUCUUAUCUAUUGUUACAGUAAUAAUACGUAAUGAUAUUCUUGAAAGAUUAUCAUUCAAUUGCUAUCAUUGCCUUUUUCAUCCCAUAGGAGAACACUCACCAUAUCACGUGAACUCGGGGACAGGGCUAUUGAAGCACAGGUGACUAUGAAUGAUGAAUCUCCUCCUUAUAUCGUCCUAGCAUGUGGCACUUAAUUUCUGCAGAUUUUAAUUUCUCUGAUUUUGGAGGAAUUUUUGUUUUUUAUCUGCAAAAAUGUUUCCUCAGAAAUUCAACCCAGAAAAACUGUAGGUUGGAUGUUUUAUCAUGGUCUGUACAGCACUUUAACAAAUGUAGCAUUUUCAUUUAAAAUAAAAAUACAAACGAGUGAAUGUUAAAUAAUUUAACAUUCACUGGUUUGUAGGUUCCAGCUUCAUCACUUUUCUGUGGAAGUCCCUUGUAGUUCUUUCUCAAAAGACGUACCCACCCUGAAAGCUUUCUCUCUCAUUAAUCACAACUUGUCUUGACCUAAAGCUACUUAGACAAAAAACUCAAACACCACUUGGCCUUUAGCCUGUGAAUACAGCCGUCUCCUCACUCCCUGCUGCUAGGGAUAUUGUUCCUUGUGGCGAUGAGCAAUGAGAGACGGCUGUUUUUGCAGGCUACUUAGCCUUGAACUAACUUAAUCUUAGACACUAGUGCAUUGAAACUAAAGUGUAACAUUACUUUAUUUUUACCUUAUGAACAAUCCUGUCUUUUCCUCCUCUUGAGAUAUUUUUUUUGGUGUGUUUAGGCUUGCUACAGUUUAGGGAACACAUACACUCUACUGAGAGAUUAUCAGCAGGCAGUGAACUUUCACUCAAAGCAUUUGGAGAUUGCCCAGGAAUUAGGUGACAGGUGAGGUGCCAAACAAUGAGAAUUUAUGAUGUGACCACAAAAUGAUGGGGGUACUCGUUGCAAAGUUUCAAAAACACCCUAUAAAGCUUCCAUAAUCACGUCUUCUUGUUGGGGCUUAAAUACUUUUGUUAACCCCUGAGAGGUGCCAAAAGGUCAGGACCCAGUUGUUCGAAGGCUUAUUACUAAUCCGGGGUUAAAUUUUAAUCCAGGUUUCUCUUUAAGAUUUGUUCAAACUCCUUUUCCCGGAUAAUUUUCUCUUUUUAGGGCAUUCAGUCACCAAAGUGUAGACAAAAGGAAUUAAACUGAGUCUGCUGUCUAAGCUUUCAUAUCUGAAUUUAAAUUUUGCACUAACCCUAUGCCAUCUCUCUCGGAAUAUCUGGGAAUCUCCCUGAUACGGUACAAAUCUCCCGCUCUUCCGUACGGGUCAUGAUUAUUGUCCUGGUUAACAUUGAGCUUUGAGUUCUUCUGUGCUUUAGUUUGGAACUUAGCCCAUUUUUCCCUAAAAUUUAACACUUUCAUGUUCAUCAAAGUAAGGUUUCUGUGGCACCUUUGCACGUAGAUCAUCACAGACAAGACUGCCUUGUCAGAAAGCAACUUUUGACGGUCUGUCUUUCAUGUAAGACUUCUUAUAAUGUCCUGAGCCACACUUACGUCAUAAUUUGGAGACUGGGUCGGGUUGUGUUUAUGACGAGGGAGGGGGUUAAGGGAGGGGGUAGUUGAUGUUGGAAGGUACAGUACUGCAAAAGAGACAGUCUCCAAAUUUUUGUGACGCACGUGCGUCCGCACGUGCAACGUUGAUGUUUUGCCAAUGUGAAAUUAUUACGCUUUUUUGACGUUCUCAUUGCCCUUGGUGUCGUCGUAGCUUUGCAUUAUGUAACAACAACUUGUUUAAACAUUUUUCUUUCAAUUUUCUGCAUUAGUGGCGGUUGUUAUGAACGAGUCACUUGCAAACAAAUUAAUAUGCACUAUUUGUUCAGACUAUCUGGCAAUUUCUCUCCUUUUAUUUCUUGUAAAAUUCCCCCAAAAAGUAUGAUUUUUUAAAUGAGAUUUUUCCGUGGCCGUUUAAAAACUAGCCUUUCAUGCACAGUGUUUUUGGUUUACUUUAGCAACGCCACCUCGCGAAUAUUGUUUUACCGCUAGCAGAACCCAACAUUUAGCAACAAUGGCCGCCUCAUGCCAUAGAGGGCCGUUAACACGUCUUAUUGACCACGAUUUACAUAUCACUUCAUGUGUACAUUAUAGAGUCAAAAUUCAAAGUACAUCAUUACGGGGGUUUUGUCUACUGGCUACUAUUCUCUGCUUUUGAUUGUAUGUCAUUUUGUACUCACGUACUGUUGAAACAGUCCAAUUUAUUGUCGUUGCAGAGUGGGAGAAGGUCGCGCUUGUUGGAGUUUGGGAAAUGCUCAUACUGCUUUAGGAAAUCACGAAACGGCUCUAGAUUUUGCUCAGAGGCAUUUGGAUAUCUCAAAGGAGGUAAGAGAAUGGUCGUCUUGAUUUCAUAUGAAACAAAACCUUCAUACUUCACGCUACUAAACGUGCUCAAUCAGCAGACCUGGUUAAUUUUAGCCCUCUCACUCCCAUAAGUGGCUUGAGUCAGAAUUCAUCUAAAUUUCCAAAUUUCGUUUUGUCAAAUAUCGCGAAAUAAAUAGUACCAUGUGAAAUUACUGCUAAAGAGGUUUCAUUUGAAUAGUCACACCAUGGUAUUUCGUCCACAGACUCAAAAGUAAGAACUAUUUACUAAGUGAAUAGUACCAUGUGAAAGUACUGCUGAAGAGGUUUCAUUUGAGUGGUCACACAAUAGGGUUUCAUCGACACACUCAAAAGCUAGAACCACCUUCAUUCACUCUGGAAUCAGGAAGAAAGGUUUAAAAAUAGUUUGAGGCUUGCAUCAUCAAUUUUCUUUGCGAUGUGAGCAUGUUUUGUGGUCCAUAGAGCAGAUCCAGUUUAAAUAAGGAAAAAAUACGAGCCCGUUUUCCACGUGCUUCAAGGGAACCGUGUCAUAGUCGUGUUGGGUAUCACCUUCUUUUACUGUAAAAGAUUUUACCAUUUUUUCCUUUAGCGGCUGUUUCAGUUGUCUAAUGUGACACGUUUAAUUUACUACGAGGAUAAAUUUGCUUUGCGAAAGAGAGGAAGUUACGAUAAGCAAUUUCUUUAAGCUGAAGAACAACGCACUAAAUGGUUUACAAAAUGGAAGCUUUUACUCAAAAUUGUCCCACUUAAAUUAGGAGGUGUUUUCUUAUUUCGACUUGUCAUUCUUAAAUUUCGCAAUAAUCAGUAGAUAACCGAAGACCAUUACACAAAACGACGUUUCCAUUGUUUGAAUUAUAUCUAAGCGGGUAAUUUUUGUAUGCACUUCAAGGCUUAAAGUCUCUAAAUUCCGUUUAUGUGCCGUAAUCUUAAUUCCCAUCUCACUUGCAAAGCGCGUGCUGUUUUGCUAUUCGCUUUCGAAUUUUUCACUUUUUGUUCUUUUCCUCUAUUUUGUGCUUUUGCUAAAAGAAAUUCAUAAUUGUAAACAUAUUUGCCUAAAAGAAGCCAUGUCUUUGUUGAUUAAUCGCGCCUGUGUAAAUCCUGCUAGGACAACCGAAUUUAGCCCAUAAGCAUCCUAAUGUUUUUUAAACUGUCAGCUUUCGUCACACUUUUGAUUUGCAAAUCAAGCGUUUGUCCUCGACAGUUCUCUGGGGCGUCAAUCAUGAAUGAACAGUCUCUUAAGUCACGUGGAGUUAGCUAAUUUUCAUGUUUUGACUGGUCAAGGUUAAGCGGAAGCUUAAGUGGUUCUAUAUGUUUGUGAAUUAACAUUCAGAACAUAAGCCACUGAAAUUGCUUUCUUUUGUUUCUUUUGUUAACUGGGCUGACGGAUAAUGGUGAAGAAGUGUGUAGUGUCUCUCAAAAGGCCGGAAGUGGUAGUUUUUGCCAACCUUUUUUACCUCAGCCGGCUGCGUUUUGAAUGAGGCGAAAACAUACUACUACAAAUCUAGAAUUUUUCUAUCAGAGAAUCAUGUAACCUGAGAUAAGGCUCAAUUUUAGUAGCUUCCAUACAUUCUCUCUUACGUGUUUUUUUUAUUUAAAACACGAAACGAAAAUAGAGCCUGAUCUCAGGAGGAAACUGAUGAAUCUUGGAGUAAGAAGAUAAAGUUGUAUCUUGAAGAUCCAGAUAUUUCUCUUCUACCCUCUCGGGUCAAGUAAAAUAAUUCCAUGUUCAGUUGAACAAAUCGACCACACUUUUCCACUGUCUACACUCAGAAAUCGUAGAAAUGACGUCAUGAAAUGUUUAAAACUCAAGUGGAAUCACGAGCUGCGGGCGAGCGGUUUCACCGCAAAACUUUCAGCAUUUCAUGGUGUCAUUCAUUCUCUGAUCUGUAACGGUAUAGACUAGGAACGAACAGUUGUUGUUGUAAGAUGAAGAAAUUUAAAGACCUGAUUCCCGCGAAGUUUCUCGUAAAGUCAAGCUUUUGUGGUAGAGAAAGAAGAAAUUGCUCUUUUUGUAUUGCGCCUUUUCUAUUGUCUAAGUUCUCGUAGACACUCUCGACCAAUGAGCUCGCGAGAAUUUCUGUAAGUUAUUGUGACCAAUGCAUUAGCAAUGUUUUUUAACGUAGAAAAACAAACAAGCGGAAGGGAAAAAAAAAAGAUAGUGAGCUAUAUUUUUAAUGGAGGUCUUAUAUAUUAAAGUUCUUCCUUUGGAGGUCAAGGAAAGUAUUAAUAGAAGGAAAAACGACUGAUGUAACCAAAGCGCAGUUUUCAUUAUUCCAUUUUAUAGCUGGUCUUAUAUACUCUAAAGUCGACAUUUUUCACCGUAGGUUUACCUACAUAAACAUUUCAAAUUCGGAUAAAAAUCUGAGGCAAUCGAGCCCAUGACAAUUGUCAGUUAACAAACUAAACGUUGGUUUUGUUUAACCUGCUAAUCAUUUCCGUAGCAUAUCUUAGAUUUUCUUUUUUUUCCUGGAGACUAUACUACCAGGUAUUUUGUUGUUGAUGAAUUAAAAUUUUUUAUUAUGAAUAACACAUUAAAUUUGUUUCGAAGCCAUGCAACAGGACUAUGACAUUAUGCAAGAUGAAUUCAUCCUGCACGCAAACUAAUCUCUCCUACACGUAUUGUAUCGCCUCUGCCUUUCCUGAUUAGCUGAAGCAAAUACUUUUAUUUUGAUCUUAUAUCACUCCAAUAAAAACCCUUUCGUAAUGAUACUCUCCGGAAUGAGUGGCAUUUUGCUGCGUAAUGCUUCCUCCGGACAUACUUAUAUAACACACACAGUCAAAACAAAAGUGUGCGUCGUUUAAUCUCGAGGAGGUUGUUUCAGGAUGUUUCUGUCAUUUUCACUUCAGGUUGGCGACCGCACCGGUCAAAUUACAGCGCAGAUGAACAUCUCGGAUUUGAGAGCUCUCCUUGGAAUCGAAGACGAAUCGAGAGAAAGGUAAAUACCCAACAGUUUCUCUGGGAUCUUAACUGGACUACCUUUACCUGUUCUUUUUUACUUGUUCGUUAGCAUUGCGUAUUGUAAAAUACAACAAAAAACUGUAAAAUUUGGCAUAUGAUUACCCGAUGAUAUUAAAAGUGCCAGUUGAGCUUAAAAUGUCACGAAGGUACAAAUGAAAUAAACAAAAAUAUUAAAAGAUUCACUUAAAACCAGUCAAAAAUCAGAGGACCUUAAGGAGGGUGUUUGCUUGCUCAGAGAAUGGUCAUAUUUUACAUAGUAACAAGGGUCUUUUAAAGCGUUAAAAAAUGCUCACAAAAAAUGAAAUGUGAGAUUUGGCAAUUAAAAUUAUCGGUGUGCAUUACAUAACUGAGUAAAAUAAGUGUCAAAUAUAUCUUUGAUUAAUAAAUGAAACAAAACAAACGAUUUUAACUCUUUUAAAAAAAGUUAUUGUUUCGUGUGUGAACUACCGGACGUUAGAUGUCAAACAACCGGACGUUGCGUCCGGUGUCCGGUCUGAAACGAAACCCCUGCCAUGUAAACUAAAAAUACGCUCUGUGGAAAGUGUUUCGAGAAACGUGUUUUCGAUUCUAUACUGCAGCUUAAAACACUCCCAACACCGUAAUUUGCAAAACACCCAACUCCUGUUAACGUAAUUAUUUAUUUGUUUGUUUAUCAUUUUUAUUUGUAGCAAUUCAAGAAGUGCAGCAGCAGAAAGUGUGAAUCGCAGCAGCCCAGGUUCCAUUAAACAGCUCUUUAAUAGAAAGUUCAGCCACGGAAAUGAAGGUAGCUUUCCAAAUAGCGUAAUUAGACAGAAAGGCUUUGCUUAGACUGCAAAACAGUCGGUUUUUUCCUCAAAAUCUGUAAAGAAAUCGGUAACGCGUGGCGUAAGACUCUUAUGCGCGCGAACCGCGCGAGCCUCACACGCCCGUAGUCCCGUAGUCUCGCUCUCUGUUUUCAGCCGCGUUCUACACCUUUUGUUUAACUGCUCGCGCGUACUUGAAUACGCAAAAAUACGGACUGUUUUGCAGUCUAGGCUUUGCUCGACCUUAGCGUCACUCCAAGCGUCCAGUACCAGGAACCAGUUCCACAGCAGUAAUGAGCUUAAACAACUGACGAAGGUGACGGCAACUAAAACAGGAAAAAAGCGAUAUGAGAUUGGCAAAGAGAGCAACUUUGCACGUGCAUCACGCUUUUUUGUACAUUUCUUUGACGUCACUGCACGACUAAAGGUGAUGUUGCACGGGACGAUACGCAACGACGAUUUUUAGCGCAACACAGCCUUGCAAUGUUGGAACAACGUUGCAACCAUUCGAAACAAUAUUGCCACAAUGUUACAACGCUGUUUUGCGCUAAAAAUUGUCGUUGCGAAUCGACUCGUGUAACAUCACCCUAAGACGUGAAUCUGCCUAUAUAAUUUCCCGUUUUAUGGAAGACGUGAACACAAGACAACGACUUUCAUUUUCUUUUCUUGAACUUCAAUACAGUCUUAAAGAAUUCAACUCCAGAAAAAUUUGCCAGCAGUUGGGGACUAGUCUCCCUCGCAGCCGUUUUUUGGAUGUCACGCAACGCGAGAACGAGAGCGUUGCGUGACAUCCAAAAAACGGCAGCGAGGGAGACUAGUUGAGGACAUGAACGAGAUGGAAUAGGCGCGAUUAAUUUGGAAGCGGCUCGAAUUCACUUCAGUUUAAGUGACGUUUUUGUAGCCGUCGCCGUUGUUGUUGCAUGAGCUUCCUAGUUUCGGAUCUAGGGGAGGGGGCCUUGGGGAAGUUCUGAGGCCAGCGGGACCUAGGCGAUACAGUGACUUCGUUUACCAACCCUCCCCUCCCCUCUUACGAGACCGAAGCGCCAAGGUACCUUGUUUCUGAAAUUGUAUUCAGUGAUCCGUUUGUCUAGGAUAGGUCUCGUGUCUGGAAAAAAGAUUCCUCAAGUUUAAAGAGAGGAUGUUCUUGUUUUAUUGCAGCCUAUGCAGAAUGAUUUUGAUACGUUUUGUUUUUUCUUUAAGACAAGAAGAAAGUGGAAACAGCAACUUCGGCAGAAGUAAGUGAAAAAGUAAACCAUUCAACUUCGGGAACUUUAGUGCGCGAUUUUUUAAACCUAAAAUGAGGACUUGCCCAAUAUCCAGCCAUCUUAAACACACGCUUCAUCAACAACGCAUUUGAAGUGAAUUUAAAAAACUGAUGCAUAAAUGUUAAGUAAUUGAUUUGUCUUUUUAUUAUUAAGGGAAUGACCCUCAAAUAUUUAAGUAACCGUAAAAAUAUAUUUCUCUCUCAGUGUGCACAAUCGUCUAAUUUAUGUAAAGGCUCGACCUCAUAUAUUGGAAGCUUUUAGCGCAGUACAGUCGCAGAUUACUUGAGCAGCUAUCUUUCUCAGAAUUGAGCUUUUCCAAAGAGCAAAAUUUUGAAACAAGGCUAAGGGUUUUUUUUAUGUUAACUGAUGGAUUUGUUGAUAGGUUGAUGCUGACCGGAAAACCAGAAUUAUGACAAUAAUGGUGAAAAGUUCCCUUUGCGUCAGUCUGCUUCGAAAACGCUGUGUCGCCUUGUGUUUUAAGAAAUUGCUUGAAUUGUAGGUGGUGUCGUGGAAAGGUCUCGAACCUGACGACGAAAGGCCCGCUUUGCGUAUAUCACUUCCUAUGUCAACUUCCUUUUACCUUUUUUGGCCGUCAUUUUGUUAUUGUUGUUUUGAAUUAGGGAGCUUGGCGAUGCCAAGGAAACUAUACUGAACCAAGAAUAUUCGCGCAAACACACUCCAUCGUUUAGGAGCUCAAUACCACGUUCAUGUUUUAAGUUCAGACAGAAAAAUACAUACCCAUGUUAUGUUCACGUUCUUCGCAAAACUUUCACCUUGAUGAUUUGCCGUUUGCUUAAUAAGCAGCUUAUGAUCAUAAAUGGUCUUUCAGACAGUCUGGUCAGAUCAGACAUUGAUAUGAGCCAUUAAGGUGUGGUCAAGGGAACCAACUGAACUUGGCCAACAUUGUAACUAUUUUGCUUAAUGAGAAACCAUUUGACACCGAUAAAUUUUGACCGAGUACCGGAUGUCUCGAAACAUGCAUGAUCGCCUUUUUUAGUACUUCACCAUGUUGUUGUUGUUUUUCGUUUUUGUCUUUCUCCACUUGUUUACACUUCCUAGGCUGGGAGUGUUGCGCGAUAUAGCGUGGGCGUUUUGUGUUCCUCCACCUACGAUGCGAACAGAGCAAAAACAACAAAUAUUUCUUAAUACUCACAAAACUUUACCGCAGAAACUCUUGACGUGAUUAAUAAGCGUUUCUUUGGUUUUUCUAAAUUCUUUGGUGAAUAGAAAAUCGCAUCUAUGUCGAUUUUUCUCAUCAAGUAUCUUUUUGGCAAUAUAGUAUCGCUGUAAUACCCAUUUCCAACAUGUCGGUCCAACGUCAUCCACCCGCAUUGUGAUUGUGAUGGAUAUCGUCCAUGACAACGAAGAUAAUCAAACAAAUGUUGGAUUCUUUGAAAAGGCGCUCAAAGGAGAACUAAGAUUCUGGAAUUUGUUAAGAAUCCUUUAUAGCUGACGUUCAGCACGUACUCCAUCAUACAAACGACACACAGCAGCGAUGAUUUUAUUGUUGCUGAAAAUAUUGGAUCUGUAUUCGCUGGGAUCUUUUUAAGUGCCUUUUAGUGACCCCUCGGGGAAUCAAUAUCACGAAAAAAAAAAACAAUUGUACGGUUCUAGCUGAGCGCUAAAAUAAAAAGUAGCUAUACAGACGGAAAAACAUAGUAGUUUUUAUUUCAACACAUCGUUAUUUCCUCCUUUUCUUAUACUUUUUACAAGGCAAAUAAGUUAAUAUUGCAAUAAUGAGAAAUGUCUCGCCUGUUAGCUUCAUUAUCACGUGUCAUGCACGUUAGCUUUAAAGACCCGUAGACAAAGCCCUAAUCCGUCUAUUUUGUUUUUCGUCGAUUUCGUUACGUCAAAGCUAUGCCUGUCUCUUCAAGUGUCACUUAAGCGCGAUGACGUAUUACAUAACAAGUUUAAGGUUUUAUUAACAAGAUUUUGAGGCCAGAACUCAGAUGAUAUAGCGUGGAAUAACGGACGCUUUUCCCAACCUCUUGUCGGGGUUUCACUGAUCAAGUUAUAGCAAAGUUUUGACAAGUCGACUCUGAGAUCUCUUGAGUGUUAUGGUAUGGUAGUCACUUCUAUCGUUCUAUGCUAUGCUUUAUUGAUACUUGUGGUGUUAGAAAAUGUUUUGGAAAACUUUUCAACUGAAAAAGCAAAAACAUCCGAAGGUCUUGCUCGUCCAAUGAAAUGAGAAUUUUACGCCUUUGUUAUGCUGUACGAGUAUUUCACUAACUUUCGACUCACCUCUUCUCAUAAUUUAGCACUUUGGAAUUGUUCAGAGUAAAAAUAAUGAAAGGAGUUUUUUUUUCUCAUUUUCUUCAGGGAGGCACCAAAGCUCGUUCGUCAUCGUUGACCUCCAGAAAACCAUUAGACCAUGGUGACGUUGAAGUUCGUGUUCGCAGUCCUGAGGUAAGCUGAAAAAUAAUUUUAAAAAACUGUGGACUCGCAGUAUGGGGUUUAUUAUGCUGGAUGGCCUGCGAGCAGGCUUGCCUGUGCUAGAUUGGUGAUAAUUUUGGCGGCAGAACCGCCACCCCUCGAGGAAAGGCUCAGUUGUGGAGUUCAGGGAAAAUUAUGGCAGUUCUGUUGCCAAAAUUUUCACCAAACUCGCAUAAGUGAGCCUGCUCGCAGGCUGUUUACUGGAAAGUCGCUGGAGCUCACUUUUUUCAAGAGUCAAAACCAGGCAAACUGUUUUGCCAGUUAAUAGUAUAGUUUGGUCUCGGGGUGAACUCUAUGACCAUUAUCUAACACUUAUCAGCAGACUGAACGCAAAUCGGCAGAAAUACUUUGAACUAAAAUUUUAAAAAUGCUAGUAAAAAUAGAAAAAUUCUAAUAAAUGUAAAACGUUGAUGCGAGUGUGACUUAUGGGAACAAGAACAUUCAUUUCUUAGAUUGCAACCACUUACGGACUAAAUAAUUCGUCAUAUCGCUUUUUAGCAUAAUUCUCUAGUUUUAAAUUAUGCAAUUACUGUAAGUUCACUCAUGCUUUAUAUUACGCAAGUAUGGUAAAAGUUGUCUCUGAAAAAUGAUGCGUAACGUUAUUGCUUCCCAGGCUAUUUUUAUUCCGUGGCGCUUUUCUUAGUAACUUACAUCUAACCAUUUGAGCUGUUCUAUACGAAUAUAUUUUUGCGAAUCCUGACUCUUUCUCGGCAUCUACUGACAGCGUUUGAUAGCCUGCGUAAUGUUGUUACAUUUUGAGCGGUUUAAACUCGUUUAAACGUUUCGUCAACAUCAUCUCAACAUUCCAUUUGUUCUUGAAAUAUUGAAUAGACCGUUUCCUAGUUCCAAAUACCCUCAAUUUUAAAGUGGGACCAAGUGCAAGAUUUUUCUUUUGAAGUGAGGUUUAUUUGCAUGAAAAUAAAAUGAACAUUUCCGAGUGUGCUUCGCCAUUUCCGAGUGUACUUCACACACAAAUCGUUGGCACGUUAAUUUGUUUUCAUCGCUUCUGUUGUAGCAGUUUCUUUCUUUUUUUAAUUUCACGCGUUUAGAACGUAAAUAUUCAAUUUAUAUUGAGCAAAUUCCUCAAACCUCUUCUGUUUAAGUGGUGCAUGACAACAACUUCGUAAAGGUACAAAAAAUGUAAUUAAAAUUACUCGGAAACAAAGAAACUGUAAGCGUCAUUUUAUAUUGCAACUCCAAGUAAGCAGCCAUGGUGGUCUUUACGAAUGCUUGGAAUUCUUUCUCGGUAAGCAGUGAGCAAUAUUUAAGUUUUUGAUACCUAUUCUAAGUGAAAAUAACUUCCUGAUGUAAUAACUGCAAUGAACUAGCUGGAGACUACGCUUUUCCGUCGUUAUCUUGAAGCCAUUUCUAAAAAAUGUAUGGCGAAGAUGCCGGAUUAAAGAUAUCAAAAAUAACUGAUUUGAUUUAAUCUCGGCAAUAACCUUCGGAAAAGAGGAUCUGCCCCAUUAGGACGCCGGUAGCUUGUAAAUUAGCCGUUUUAUUGGACUGACAAACGUGCCUUACGUAUUUUUAACUCAGAAACUCUAAACUAAUUAGUAGAAAUUAAGAAAGUGCCUUUCAUCUAGGAUAUUUGAAUAACUCACUGGGGGACUUUUAAUUUCGUUCGUUAUGUUUAUCGGUCACUGUCUGACUUGUUAGUAUAAUGAAAGCUUGUGUCUACCUGCUUUCCAAAAAACGAAAACUGAUGUUAAGAUGCACUUGACCAACUCAUUUAAGUACAACUGAAAGGAGUUUUUGCAAGAAGAGCCAGUAGUGCCAGUUGUCAGCGGUCGGUCUGGAGGCAGGUGCGCAGGAGUUCUCAAUUUCGUUUAUAUGACGUAGGUUUCCGUCAGCGUGAGGAGUGUUUCAGCCACAUUUGUUUACCGUCCGCCGAGAGUUUUUUCCAGCAAGUUUUUCUAAGAUAUAUUAAACUCGCAACCUUAUUCUUUUCUUAAGCUGACAUCGUUCUUUUUUCAUCGCUAUUCUUAGGCGAAAAACGAUCACUCCUUGGACGAGAAUUUCUUUGAGUUCCUAACCCGUUGCCAAGGUAACCGUAUGGACGAACAGCGCUGCGAGCUACCUAAACCAAUCGAAAAGAGCAAAAGCACUGAGGAUAUGUUAGACAUGGUGGAACGUGUGCAGGGAGACAGAAUGAAUGAACAACGCAGUGACUUGCCUGCCGACGACGACCCCUCACUGAUAAGUACGUAUUAUAUGAGUAGUCGUGAUAUAUGAGUAGUCGUGAUAUAAUAUUCGGGAACUUAAGCAGCGACGACGGCGAAAAAAACUAUAGGUUUAGAUUAGCAAAACCACAACUUUUCACGUAGAUCACGUUUUUUUGUACAUUUCGGGGAGCAAGGGAUGGCGCAGUGGUGAGAGCGUUCGCCUCCCACCAAUGUGGCCCGGGUUCAAAUCCCGGCGUAGACGCCAUAUGUGGGUUAAGUUUGUUGUUAGUUCUCUCCUUUGCUCCGAGAGGUUUUUCUCCGCGUACUCCGGUUUUCCCCUCUCCUCAAAAACCAGCGUUUCCAAAUUCCAAUUCGACCAGGAAUCAGGUAGACGAAGACCCACUUUGUGGAUGUGCUACCUCCAAAUCAUUGUUUAAUUUUGUUUAAUAACUUGCCGUCGUUGCACGUUCACGGCAUGAAAGUACCUAAUUUCACGUUUUGAGGAGGACCUGAACACAAGACAACGACUUUCUUUUUCUUUUCCUGCACUUCGAUAAAGUAUUUUAGAAUUAAACUCCAGAAAAAAAUUGCCAACAUUUGACGAAUUGAAGGAGUUGGAAUAAGCGCGAUUAAGUUUGAAGCAGCGCGACUUCACUCUUUAAGUGACGUUUUGGUAGCCGUCGCCGUGGUUGUUGCUUAAGCUCCCUAUUGAUCCCGAAGGGGGGUGGGGAUCACGACAAGACAUGACGCGCGCAUCAGUCACUCUCGUAUCCUAAUCCACCCUUUUCUCACCUUGGAGAAAACUUAUUCCCCGGUAGAAGGGUCACCCGCCUACCCGAACAACCCUUGGCGACCCAAAGUUUCAAAAAACUUGUCGAAUAUCCUAUAUGAGAAACAAACAGUUGGCUCGUCUAGAAGGGUGACCCUUUUUCGAUGGUCGGGUCACCUUCCAGCCGGGCCUUCUCCAUAUAAACACUUUGGCUCGCCCAGCCAGGUCAACUCAGUCAAGACGAGACAAGACUUUAAAAAGUUGUCUCGGAGGACGACCCUCUUUUCUAGCACAUCUCUUCUCCAUAAACACGUGGCCUUAGUGACCUUACAUGUAACCAGUCGAAUUUGAUAUUAUCCUGUUACUUUUGUACUUGAAACCAAUAAAAAGUUGUAUCAUUAUUUUUCUUGUAAUAAGGAAAAAGGUCCAAGAAGGGAGAAAGCGGUACCAGUGAUGACGCCUUGUACGAAAUGGUGCUCCGAAGUCAGGUAAGGUUUUUUUUUCGUUCCUGUUAACGGACAUGGAAUAAAUAAGCAAGAAGUCAAGUUCACUGCGAAAUUAUCCCCAUUUUGUAUUAUUUGUAGCUUUUCCGGACCUUAGCGGAUUUAACCUGAACUACAGUUAACAACUGUGUAUAAGAACCUUAUGGAUUCACCAUUUAACAAUUAUUCCUCACGAAUGGACCAUUGUUUCAAUUUCCCUGAGGCCGAAGGCCGAAUGGGUCCCAUUGACUCAGAGCCAUGAGGGCAAUGGGAAUAAUUGUUUUAGUAAAAUCCAACUAGUCCGUCAAAAAUAUCGAGAAUAAAAAAAUUUAGCUAGUUAAAGGUAGCCCAAAAUUCCUUUUUUGUUCAAAAGCCUGCGCUUUUCGAGUUGGCUAUAACAUAUCCAGCCGGAUAAAGCUCAAUCAAUCAGAACGUAGCAUUGAUCUAGUUGGAUUUUUCUAAUUUCACAUAGACCAUUGUUUCCAAUCUCUUUUUUGGGUUAUACAGUCGUCCUAAGAGAAAUCGAAGACAAAGGUUAUGCCAAAUGUUGGGGGUAAACAAGGUGCAUUAUGGUUUAUGUGAAAAUGACGAAUUAAGAGCCCAGAACCCGGUUGUUUAAACGCUGGACAGCGCUAUUCACGGGAUUAAUCACUGGAUAGUGAUUUAACCACGGGAUAAAGGAGCCGAGGUAGCUAAAAAAUGGAAAUUAGACCCAGUUACGUAUGAACCUAUUCAGCUUGAAUAAAUUCCACUUGAAACGCGAAUAGAUUCUUUUUCAUUUUUGGAGAGGAAGGAGCAAAGGUGAAAUAGGUUUUUGUUGAUGUAUGAUCGGCCCGAUAAAGUACAUUCAAAAAGUAGGCACUGAACGAGUAAAGUACGCUUUACACCAACUACCUUACUCUGAUCUGUUGAGUGACCUAGUUCCAGUAUGAAUAGAAUGCCAUAACUACUCCUGAAUAAAAUAUGAACCCUCAUUUUCUCGAUUCCCUUAAACAAACUAUGAUUUUGUCUUCCCCCAGUCUCAUCGUAUUGAGGAUCAGCGCUCAGAGCCUCCGCCUUCUGCGCCCACGGUACCAGACGAGGACUUCUUCGGUCUCAUACUUCGCUUGCAGUCAAACAGAAUGGACGAUCAGCGGUCUUCUGCUCCUGGUGGUGCGAGGCAUCAAUUACAGCCCAGGCGAUAGUGGCUGCUUAACCGCCAAUGUAAACUUGUACAAAUUAUAUCUUUUAGAGUGAUUAGUUUAGCUGGUUAGAGUGGGGAAAUACUAUUUUCAUGAGUAAAACACGCCGUCUAACUACCAAGAGAAGGAAAAAAGCCAAGAAGCACUAGUGUGGCGUGAGAUCGCAUGAUAAUGGAUUUCGUUUCUUAUGCACAGUACGCCUCGUCACGCAAUUCCCUCAUGACACCAUGUCACGAUGUUCCGUGACAAGGUUAAAAACGCGAGCAAAGUGGACCCUAGCCUCCCACGCAGACGUUCUUUUGUCUCGUCGCGCAAUCCUACCCAACGAGACAGGAACGCGUGACGAAGCCCCAAGAACGUCUCCGUCGGAAGCUACGUAGACCCGUAACAAACAGGUUGCGAUAAGGAUGGUCAGAUAAUUAGGAUUUUAGCCAAUCUAUUACAGUUACUUAUUAAGCAACGUUAAGUACCACGCAUUAAGUGUAAAGAUUUUAACGCCAUAUACGCACAUGUCUAAUGACUAGAAAGCACUUGUCCCUUUUAAUAGUCAUGUCUUGUACGCGACAGUCACAUGACCGGAUAGCAUUCAUAACGCCAUAGAAUGGGGAAUUCCAAUUCUCCACUCCAGAAACCACAAGGGAAUAGGGUACAAGCUUUCGGCGCAACUACUUCCGAGAUCUUUGCGUUGGACAAGCGUUACUUGGUUGCCUUGAAUACCAUCGACCAUUCGUAAUUAACGCUUGUCUACACAAACGAUCCCAGAGAUCACUGCGCCCAAAGCAUGUACUCAUUCUCCCUAAAGUUUCUCAAGGGGAGAACAACGUUUGUUCUUUUAUCUUUCGAAAUUCAUUAAAAACAGUUAUUUUACCAUGGGUCAUUAUUAUCUCAUUAGAUAUUUUUAUGGGGAAAAGAAUAAUUUGCCAUCACCCAAUUUCGUAGAUAGCUGUACUUAGCGAUUGUAAAAUGCCAGUUGUUGAGUCUUAUUUAAAGCUUCGUUCGUGUUUCGUGCAGAUUUCAAUCUUCAAAUUAAAUACGGUCGCAAAUGAUUAUUGUAGAGGGAAUUUUAUUCUUUAAAGGAAAGAAAACUAUUUCUUAGAAGAUGUA